GGGUAAUAAUAUUUUUAUAUGUGGCUAUCACGACAAAAAAUUUCCAUAUUUGAAAUCCAAUAAACAAAUACAGAAAACUUUAUUGGAAAAUAAAUAAUAAAGAAUUCAUGAUAUAUAUAUAUAGAGAGAGAGAGAGAGGCAGUUGCUUUAACAAACUCUCUCUCCGUUGCCGUUGAGCUUCAUCAUAGAAACAGAAGGAGGCUGUUAGAGAGGGAGAGUCUUGGAAUCAAUGAAGAGGCAGAACAGUCAGUUAUCGUCCACUUCCCGCCGAGAUCCUCCACCGGAGAGUCUUCGAGCUAAAAGCAUCGGUUGCAUGUCCGGCAUUAUUCAUCUUCUCUCCAAGUACCAGAACCGCCACAAGAAAUCCCUCACAUUCGGAAAGAGUAAACAAGAGAAGGAUAUUAUCGUGUUUUCUUCUACUUCACAAAAUUCCGAUCAUACCUCAGUUUCUGCCGUCAGUAUUUCCCCGGCUACUCCACCGCCACAGAGACAACGAAGGUCACGAAGUGACAAAAACAGAGAAGGAAAAGGAACGGAGGUUGUUGAUUUCAGUCGGAAAAGAAUCUCCUUCGAUUUGCCGACGAGGAGUCCGACCCUUUCGGUGGAGAUAAGGCGAUCGAGUUCAGUGAACCCGCCGACGAAGAUCGGAAAAUCUCCCGCACUUGUAGCACGAUUGAUGGGACUAGAAGCUGUGCCGGCGGCGGAAGAAACGUCAAGAGAGAAGAGGAGGAAGCUUUUGGGAGCGUUGGAGAAAUGUGAUAAUGAUUUGAAGGCUCUGAAGAAGAUAAUCAUGGCGUUUCGGUCACCGGAGAUUGAUCAUCUACCGUCGAUGGAAAUUGCGGGGAACGGGGUGAAUGGAGAUAAAGUAGGAAGGAUUUCAGUGCGGAAGUGUAGAGACUUUAGCUGUAGCGAUGAGGAGAAGAAGCCUUGCAGUCGAUUGCAUCAUCUGAACAGAAUCAACCGUGCAGCCAAACAGCGUGAAAAUGGUGGAGAAGAAACAAAGCAAGAGCCAAAGAAGAAGAAUCCAGCAGCAAUAAUUGAAGAGGACAGAAUAAUCUCCAUAUCUUCCAUAAACCCAAUUACCAGAUUACAGGAGCGGAUCAUGAAGUUGCAGCAAAUGAGUAGCAUUGAUCACUUAGAAGCCAAGGCGUCAUCAAGAAUAAUAAUGGAGAUCAAUAUGAAGAAAAAAAAGAAGCAGCAGGAAAAAGAUGAAGAUCAACCAUUAACAUGGAGAAGUAAGGCGAUGGGUGAGAGCUUGGAAGAAAUCUCAAAGGAAAUAUCAUGGGGACUCAAACAUGAGAUGGCAAAAAUAGGUAUGGCUUUACAACAUCACAUUUACGGAGACUUGAUUGAUGAGAUGCUCACUGAUAUUAUGCAUUUUUCUUCAACUUUUUCCUCCUUUCAUUCUUCUUCUAUCCCUCCAUUUGAAGCAUGUAGGAGAAGACUUCGUUUCUAGCUCUACCUAUUUGCUUUUCUUUUCCUUCUUCUUUAUAUACAAUUUAUUUAGAUAUAUAUAUAUAUAUAUAUAUAUAUAUCCACAUUAACUUUCCACUACUACUAAAGAAUUAUGCUGUUCUGACUCUAGAAACUUAGUUCAUUUAUGGUUUCCAUGCAGCCGAACGUAUUUUUAUUUC